CUCUGAAAUAAUAUACACACCGCCGACAGCAUCCACGGUCAUUUCGAAUAUCUCCCCGGAUCUGACCUGUCCAUCAACCCCAAGGCACACGGCCACGGCCAUCAACCCAGACGCCCAUCAUGAAAUCAAUAUUCUCCCUCCCCUGGGCAACCGCCAUCCUCAGUGCUUCAUAUGUCCUCGCCGCCGAACCAAUUCCGGAUCUCGAGCCCCGACAAUACGCUGCAGUGGUCAGCAAGGGGUGCUACUCAUCGAAUAGCGGGCUGACCUUCGGCGACACAUAUACCUGGCAGACCAAAGGUCACUGUCAACAAAAUGUGUGUGCUCCUAAAGGAGACUCAGUAGAGGCGACUACCAACGGGACCGAUUGCUGGUGUGGAAAUUCCCUCCCUCCGGCGUCAAGUCUGGUCGACGAUUCCAAGUGCAACUCGCCAUGCGCAGGAUUUGGGGCCCAAGAGAUGUGUGGUGGUAACGGAUACUAUUCUCUUUAUCUGACGGGUGUUGGGACCCUGGAAGGUGGUGAUACCAGUUCCUCCAGCUCGUCCUCAUCAUCUUCAUCAUCAUCAUCAACCUCCUCCAGCUCCGUCCCCCCUCCGACCGUUGCUCCUACAACGUCAGCGCAACCGUCCGUGGUGACAGUCGGAGGACAAACAAUUAUUGUCACGGCAGCCUCUCAAGCAACGUCUGCCGCGGCAGCCGAUGCGAAGAAAUCGUCGGGCACCAACAAGGCUGCCAUCGCCGCGGGCGUCGUUGUUGGCUUUGUCGUGGUGGCUGCAGCGCUCGGGGGAGCUUUCCUAUUCAUGCGCCGCCGCAGAAACCGCCAGGUGGAAGAAGAGUACCGAAGAAAUGCAGCCGUUAGUCAGUUUAUUGGUGGUGGCAAGCCGCCAACCACCGAUACACGUCUCGAUCCAGCCGUGAUGGCUCAACGGAGGAUGAGUGACGGAAGCAUUGCAGACAACCAAGACUAUUCGAGGAGGAUCCUCAAGGUUACCAACGCAUGAUCUACUAUCCGGACGAGUUCCCAUGUCAU